AGGCCUCACACACAAAACAGUAAGGUUCAGUCAUAUGACUGACUCACAGGAAGAACUUUGGUCGUGAGGUUUAAGUGGGCAGAGCAUAGAAGUCUUCCACAUCAUGGAUUCCUGCCUGAAUUGGGAAAUGUCCUAACUCCUGUGUAUUGAAGCAUAUUACAUUUAAAAUCGGAGCGCAGCAUAAACAUAACAGUGAAAGGAACGUAAAACGCUACUUUUUAUUUUGCAACAAACAAAUGUAGCGGYCACUCAAACCGGUAUCACGAGGAGGGAUGUUUGUGUUUUACACUUUGUGUCGUUAGUGAGAAUAUACAUCAUGGACACUCUACAGGAGAACGGGUUACCGCACUCACCUGCACUCGAUAUUCCCGGUCGUGAAAGUACCGCCAAAGAACUCYGGGUAUGUGGGACUCCCCUUAAAACAAAGGAAAAUAAUGGGACAACGGGAAGAAGUUCACCUGGCAAUCAUGUCACGGCGGAGUUUGGCAACCAGCAGUUGUACCAAGUACCAUUGGUAAACGCACCUGCUCCUUCCACGACACCUCUCGGGUUACCUGGCGUUAUGGACGUAGAGGGGAGAGUGGACGAGUCCAGGCUGCGGAUGCACAUUUUCAAGAAUGGUGGUGUGUCCCCUUCGGAGCGUGGCCAGGUGUGGCGUUUCCUGUUCGGGAUGUACCCCUGCAGCUCCACCUCUCUGGAGCGCCCCCUACUGCAGGAGCAGCUCAACGUCCGCUACCACUCCAUGAAGAGGAAGUGGCAGCAGCUUUUUCCUGCCGCUGUCCGACUGCGUAUAAAUGGCACCGAUGCUGAGUUGGUGGAAGCGGUGCGGUACUUCGAUGUGAGGCAGGACAGGGUCCAGCUGCAGGCUCAGAACCAGAGUGAUGAGGUCAGGGAGAGGCUGUCCUUCCUGGAGCUACAGGCCCAGGUGUUGUUUGAGCGGGUGACCUUUGAUCUGGAGGAGCUCCAAGAGGCCAUCCGAAUCAUCGACAAGGACGUGCCUCGGACAGACAGAGACCUACCCUACUACUCGGGUGAAGGCUUGGGCAAUCUGCUGGUGUUGAGGGAUAUUCUCAUCACAUAUGCUGCUUUUCACCCAGAGGUGAGCUAUGCCCAGGGGAUGAAUGACCUUUGUAGCCGAUUCCUGGAGGUUCUGGACUCUGAGGUGGACACCUACUGGAGCUUCUCCUGUUACAUGGAGAAGUUCUCCAAGGACUUCCGCGCUGACGGCCUGCACAGGAAGAUAGAGCUGGAGGCAGCACUGCUGAAGGAGUUGGACCCUCAGCUCCACACCCACCUGAUCACAGAUACCAUGGAGAGUUUCACCUUCUGUCACAGAUGGCUGCUGCUGGGUUUCCAAAGAGAGUUUGAGCACUGUGACGCCCUGCGUCUCUUUGAGAUCCUGAGCUGUGACCACCUGGAGCUCAUCUCCCAGCAGGUGGACCGCGCCCGCUACCAGGAGAGGAUCGCCCGCACAGGCACAGUCUAGAGGAUAAACCAGUGUCUGAGGCACAGGCCGUCAACACAGAAUUCACCUUUGAACUCUUCAUCUGUGCCACCAUAUUAUUG